AUGGCUCGCCGCGACGUCGACGUCAACGACAUCGACCUGGAGGAAGAAGAGCUUGGCACCGACGACCUCGAGGCCGCUGGCUGCGCAGUUUGUGCCCUCGGCGCGCAUCGUCCUCGCCUCCCCGUCGCGCCCCAAGUCCAGCUUCCGGCUUCAGGCUCCCCCGUCCACUCGGUGACUGCUCUUGUCGCCGACGCGCACACUCUCCAGCGCGAGAACCAGGAGCUGCGCGCCCAGUACGAACUCGUCUCAGCGCACAAUGCGGGCUUGGCUACUCAAGCGUCCGUGCUGCAUGACCGCAAUCUCGCGAUCUUGCAUCGUGCUCGCGAGGGUUAUCGCGCAGGCAUGAUCCGGCUCGAGCAGGCGCUCCUCUCCUGGGAGCACGCCGAGCGGGACUACGCCGUCCUGGAGGACCGAGUGGCCGACUUCCGCGCUCGUGCUGGGCGCGCCGACGCUGCCGAGGCUCUACUCCGCGCCGAGCGAGGCUCCUCGACAGAGCAAUAUCGUGAUCUUCAAAAUCAGCUCCGGGCGGCACGUGACCAGGUCACUGACUUGACCGCCCAACUCGCGCGCGCUCCUGCUACGCCGCCUCCCUCCACCGGACCAGUCACGUCAGCCGUGGCCGCCCUUGAGCAGCGGCGAGACGCUGUCGUCGCCGAGAAAGAUCAGGCUCGCCAGGCCUUGACCGCUGUGGAGCAGCAGCGCGCCCCGGUCGACGAAGAGCUCCGCGCGGCCCGUGCGUCGCUUUCUCAGAGCCGCAUGGAGAUCGAGGCGGCCCAGAACCUGAACGUCCCGCUGCAGGACGACCUUCGGCGCGUCAACGCGCUCUUAGUGGCCCACGCCGAGGAGCUCCGCCGCGGAGCGACGCGUAUCCACAAGCUGAAGGAGUCAGUGGCUACUGCUACGACUCUCCGUGUGGCCGCCGAGUCCGAGAUGGCGCGGGCUCAAGCCGGCGAACUUUGCGCCACAUCUCGCUCGGCGCAGUAUCGAGCUGGGUGGCUGUCCAUUCGGUGGUCGUCUCAGCAGCGUCGAGGAGCGGUAGGCGCCCAGACCCAUCGUCUCAGCGCUCGCGUCGCCGAACUGGAGGAGGAGCGCGACUUGGCCAUCCGAGAGCGCGACGAACGCGCUGUGGCUUGGCGUCGGAUGCGUCGAGACGCGCGUCGGGGCCGAGAGCUGGCGCGGCGGGUGCGCGACGAGCUUGCCGAUCGUCUCGCCGGCGUCGUAACGCGUGUAGGCGGGCAGAUCGACACCGCUGACCUGGUCAGGUGA